CUGAAGCAGAGAUUUCAUGGGCAUGCAAACAUAAAUAAAUAAGCCUAAGCUGACCAAAAAAAAAAAAAAAAAAAAGACUACGCAGAUGAUGCAUGCUUGAGACAUGUCCUGGAUGCAGCGUACUGUGUACAUGAGUUAUUAUUGGUUGCUGCUGACUGACAAGUUAAGAAAUUUGAGAAACUGACAGGUAAAUAAAACAAAAAGCGUUCCAAGAAUCUUACAUUUAUUAAAAAGUUACCUGCCUCAAACAACUCCUUAACAUGGGUGAAACUCCAAGUGAGUUCAAGCUGAACAACCCCCCAGGAGAUGGCAUUUCAGCUGUAAAGUUUGGCCCAUCAUCAAACCAGUUCUUGCUUGUUUCAUCGUGGGAUGACAGUGUUCGUCUUUAUGAUGUUGUUGCAAAUAAUAUGAGGAUUAAGUACAUGCAUGCAGCACCAGUACUGGACUGCUGCUUUCAGGAUGCUGUUCAUGCAUAUAGUGGAGGGCUAGAUAAAAUGCUGAAGAUGUACGACUUCAACACAAAUUCAGAAAUGACAGUGGGUAGCCAUGAUGAAGCAAUCCGAUGUGUGGAGUUUGCACCAGAUGUCAAUGUUAUCAUAUCUGGCAGCUGGGACUCAACAGUCAGACUUUGGGACCCUCGAGGUCCCUCUGCGGCUGGAACUUUCAACCAGCCUGAUAAGGUUUACACAAUGUCUGUGUGUGGGGACCGCCUGGUGGUUGGUACUGCAGGCCGGCGAGUGCUUGUCUGGGAUCUAAGAAACAUGGGAUAUGUCCAGCAACGAAGAGAGUCUAAUCUCAAGUAUCAAACCCGCUGCAUCCGCUGUUUUCCCAACAAGCAAGGAUAUGUCCUAAGUUCCAUUGAAGGAAGGGUUGCUGUGGAAUAUCUUGAUCCAAGCCCAGAAGUGCAGAAGAAGAAAUAUGCCUUUAAAUGUCAUCGAAUCAAGGAGAAUGGUGUGGAAAACAUCUAUCCGGUCAAUGCUAUAGCCUUUCACAACAUUUACAACACUUUUGCUACAGGGGGCUCUGAUGGCUAUGUUAACAUCUGGGAUGGCUUUAACAAGAAGAGACUUUGUCAGUUUCACAAGUAUCCAACAAGCAUUGCUUCCCUUGCAUUUAGUAAUGAUGGAAACGUGCUCGCGAUCGCUUCUUCAUAUAUGUAUGAGGUAGAUGAGAAAGAAAAUUGCCCAGAAGAUGCGAUUUUUAUUCGUAAUGUUACAGAUCAAGAGACAAAACCGAAAUCUUAACAGUUUUUUCAAGGUGAACAAUCCAGGUUCAAGGGAACAGCACUUUCAUUCCCUGCACUGGCAUUUGAAGUGUAGACGCUAAUGUGCCGUGCAGUUUAAAGCCUUGUUAGAAAGUAAUGGGCCUGUGUCAUAAAGUUUAGGCUGUCAGAUAAUAUUGUUCAUAUUGCAGAUCAGAAGACAUUUUAAAAUAUAGCAUGUCAUCAGGCUUUUGUAUGAUAAGUGCAUGCAAUAUUGCAACAGCAUUGGAUGUUUUGUGCUUUUUUAAUGUUGAAGUGUUCUUUAUAGUUCAGUCUUUUACAUUUUCAAGUCACAUCACAAAGCAGAAAAAUCAGAUUGUUUUCAGCAGUCAAGAUGGAAAUCUUUUGUCCUUGUGAAUAAUAAUGGUAAUAAUUCUGGAUAAAAUAAUAUGCUUAAUGAAAUAAAACAAAAAUAAAAAAAAA